GCCCCGGUGAUCGAGCGCGGUCCUUACGCCGCUUUCUUGCUAGUCCAUUCUAGCGGUGUGUGCUAGCCGUAUUGUCGAAGUUUGGGCUCGGAUUACCGCUACUCUGCGGUUCCAUAGCGGAAUUUCCUUAUCUUUUUUAUGGCAUAAUGUUGUCUAUCCUGCAGCGGCGAUAACUUAUUUAUUGAACUUUGGAGCUUCUGCUGCGGUUUAGUGCACGGCCGCUUGCGGUAAGUUAGCUUAAUCAGGGGUCGCCGCUGACCUACAAAUGUCACCGUGUAAUGUGUGUUUUGCUAUCAAGCAUUUAAAAGGCCAAAGUAGUUUGUGUGCAGAUUAUAUUAUAAAGGUCAACACGGCUCGAUGAAGCCCGUAGAUGACAAAAGGUGGACGAUUAUAUUGCUUUUAUUGCAUUUUCCCCAAACGACAAUGGGGGGAUCAUUAGAUGCCUGUUGACAGUGAUGGUGCGCCAGACUAUUUUGGAUUUAUCUGCAGUAAUAACUCGUUUUGUUUUGUUUUUUUUUAGCAAUAUUUCUGCACAGUUGUGUUGUAAAAUAACUCUUAUCUAUCUACUAUAUCAGUCUAUCUCAUCCAUCUAUCUAAUUAAAGUAUAUAUCUAUGCGUUAUUCCUCACGGUUUAUGGUGAAUGUUGUAUAACCACCUACUUUUCUACUGUAUAAACAAUAUCAAGCCUGCUUUUGUUGCUCUUAAUGUUGUGAGGUUAGAGCACGCCUUCCACCUCCAAGAGAGAGAGAGAGAGAGAUACCUAUAAUCAACUAUUAUAAACAUUAGACUUCACACAGAAGGCAAAGGGGCAGUCCAGACCUGCCUAAAAUCGCUUGCCUCUGGGUGUGCAUGUGUGCACCUAUGUGAUUGCUGAGGAGGAAUGACUCACACUCCUGACAGUGUUUGCUUGCCCAAGUCCUAAGGACUUUCCCUGCAUUUCGCCUCUGCUGCUGCUGCUGCUGCUGCUGCACACAACACAUACAUGUUGCAGGUUUGAAGGACUGCUGCUGAGAUGACCUUGCUUAUCUUAUGAGCUCCUACUCCAAUCAAGAAGAUUAAUCAAAACCUACCCACGACAUGGUUGGGAGGCUGGCGUGAUGGACAGGUGAUGGAGUCUUCCAUCAUAUUUCCCUAUCAUUGACGUGUCUCGCCAUCUCCAGCUCUGAGGCAUAAGUGUGUACCAGCGACUCCAAGGCCCUCCAUUUCUCUGCCAUGGUGACAUAAGCUGCAUUGCAAUAUGAGGGAGAGCCAACGUGAGACCGUCUCAUUUCUUUCUCCAGUAGCUGCUUCAGCUGCCGCCUCAACACCUUUUUGUCGUGUGUUCCAAAAAAGACUGAUAUUUUUUUUGUGAGUUGUCACCGCUUGCAGUUUUUUUUUUAUCUCCCCUGCCAAGCGAGACAGUCGCCAAGGCGUGUUGCUGGGCCUGUGGGGCGAAGCAGUGUGGCGCGAGACGAUGCUGGGAUGCGUGACUCGCGUCCGUCGGCUGGUCCGUCUCCUCCCUCUGCAGACGUCCCUCCUCCUCCUGUUUCUCUUCUGCACCGUCAGCGUAUUCAUCUCGGCCUACUUCCUCUAUGGCGUCAAGCGGGAGCUGGAGCCAUCAGGAGGGGGCGUUUCAGGGGCAGAGGGAGCGUCGGCCGACUCGGACGACCUGAGGGUCACUCCGUCUCGGCUUUUACCACUGCGCGGCGUCUCAGGAGGCCCCGGCAUGGAUCCCGCCGGGGUCAGGACAGAUCCUGUAGUUCUGGUGUUUGUGGAAAGUCAGUAUUCUCAACUGGGUCAGGAGAUUGUGGCCAUUUUGGAGUCUGGGCGGUUCCAGUACCGGACGGAAAUAUCGCCCGGGAAGGGGGACAUGCCCACCUUGACAGACAAGGAGAGAGGUCGUUUCACUCUGGUGAUUUAUGAGAACAUUCUCAAGUAUGUUAACCUGGACGCAUGGAACCGGGAGCUGCUGGACAAGUACUGUGUGGAAUACGGAGUGGGCAUCAUUGGAUUCUUCAAGGCCAAUGAGAACAGCCUGCUGAGUGCACAGCUGAAAGGAUUCCCCCUCUUUCUCCACUCUAACUUGGGUCUGAAGGACUGCACCGUCAACCCCAAGUCCCCCUUACUCUUUAUCACCCGAUCAGGGCAACCGCUGCCGGGUCCUCUCCCUGGAGACGACUGGACCGUCUUCCAAUCCAAUCACUCGACGUACGAGCCUGUGUUGUUGGCCAAGACCCAAUCGGCGGAGAGCAUCCCAUCCAUGGGACAAAACGCUGCUCUGCUCCCGUCGGUGGUGCAGGACUUGGGGCUCCAUGAUGGCAUCCAGAGGGUCCUGUUUGGGAAUAACUUGGUCUUCUGGCUCCAUAAGUUGGUGUUUGUGGACGCCGUGGCCUUUCUUACUGGCAAGAGGCUGUCGUUGUCGCUGGAGCGCUACAUCCUGGUGGAUGUGGAUGACAUCUUUGUGGGGAAGGAGGGCACCCGCAUGAAAGUGCCAGAUGUAAAGGCCCUGCUGGAGACGCAGAGGGAAAUGCGCACCCAUGUUCCCAACUUCACCUUCAAUCUGGGCUUCUCAGGGAAAUUCUUCCACGCUGGAUCGGAUGAGGAGGACCUGGGUGACGACCUGCUGCUUUCCUAUGUAAAGGAGUUCUGGUGGUUUCCUCACAUGUGGAGCCACAUGCAGCCUCAUCUCUUCCACAACCAGUCCGUGCUAGCUGAGCAGAUGCUGCUCAACAAGAAAUUUGCUAUGGAGCACGGCAUCCCCACUAACAUGGGCUAUGCGGUCUCGCCCCACCAUUCGGGUGUCUACCCCGUCCACAUGCAGCUUUACGACGCCUGGAAGAAAGUGUGGAGCAUCAAGGUGACCAGCACAGAGGAAUAUCCCCACCUAAAGCCGGCCCGCUUUCGACGAGGUUUCAUCCACAGUGGCAUCAGCGUGCUGCCCAGGCAGACGUGUGGUCUUUUCACGCACACCAUCUUCUAUAAAGACUACCCAGGCAGCCCCAAUGAACUGGACAAGCUCAUCAACGGGGGAGAACUCUUCCAAACGGUUCUGCUGAACCCGAUCAGCAUCUUCAUGACCCAUUUGUCCAACUACGGGAACGACCGCCUUGGCCUAUACACGUUUAAAAGCUUGAUGAUGUUCGUCAAGACCUGGACAAACCUGAAGAUGCAGACCCUCCCUCCUGUGCAGCUAGCUCAGAAAUACUUCAGCCUCUUCCCCUCUGAGAGAGAUCCACUCUGGCAGGAUCCAUGUGAGGACAAACGGCAUAAGGACAUCUGGUCCAAAGAAAAAACAUGUGACCGCUUCCCAAAACUGCUUGUCAUUGGCCCUCAGAAGACAGGCACAACAGCUCUCUACCUGUUCCUUAGCAUGCACCCCGACCUGACCAGUAACUACCCUAGCAAGGAGACCUUUGAGGAGAUCCAGUUCUUCAACGGCCAUAACUACCACAGAGGCAUUGACUGGUAUAUGGAGUACUUCCCGUUGCCCUCCAAUGCCAGCUCAGACUACUACUUUGAGAAGAGUGCCAACUACUUUGACUCGGAGGUGGCUGCUCAGAGGGCCGCAGCUCUCCUGCCCAAAGCCAAGAUCAUCACCAUCCUCAUCAACCCAGCUGACAGAGCAUACUCUUGGUACCAGCACCAAAGAGCCCAUGAUGACCCGGUGGCGCUGAAAUACUCAUUCCAUGAUGUCAUCACAGCCAGCCAGGAUGCCCCAGCCAAGCUUCGGGUCCUCCAGAAUCGCUGUCUGCUGCCAGGCUGGUAUGCCAUGCACCUGGAGCGCUGGCUCAACUACUACCAUUCCAGCCAGCUGUUGGUCUUAGAUGGACAGAUGCUGAAGACCGAGCCCGCCUCAGUCAUGGAUAAAAUUCAGAAGUUCUUAGGCUUGGCGAACGCCAUCAACUACCACAAGAUCUUAGCGUUUGAUCCCAAGAAGGGUUUCUGGUGCCAGUUGCUGGAAGGUGGAAAGACAAAGUGUCUGGGGAAGAGUAAAGGACGCAAGUACCCCGACAUGGACGCUGAGUCUGUGGCGUUCCUCAGGGAGUACUACAGGGAUCACAACAUCGAGCUGUCCAAGCUGCUGUACAGAAUGAGUCAGCCGCUCCCCACCUGGCUCAGAGAGGAGCUUGUCCACACCAGGUAGCAUCACCACAGGGUGGGGGAACGGAGGGAGAUAUCGCACCCCCGAACCAUUCAAUACCAGCCCUGCAGGGGGUCGGCGCGGAAGAGAAGAGUGAAACUCACGCCACCAAUGUUGAAGGACAUUCUUUCAGGAUGCCAGCGUGGUGUGUCCAACUGGACCUGAAAGCAAUCCCUUGUUCAUUCUGUGAUCUUCCAUAAAGUGUAGGACACUAAUGAGCUGAAAUAGGACAGAGCUUGGAGAUGCUGUGAGCCAUUCAGCAGAACUUGGUCAGGAACUCGGAGGCCUUACUUGCUCCUGAGGAGGAAGAGGGAUGUAGUCUCUCGACUCUCACGCAUCGAACUUGAAAACCAGAAGGACAAAAUGCGAAGGUUGGGCUUCACAGUUUCAGUUCUGGAAAAGGACUGUGCCUGCAACCAGCGCCGACAUGGUUUUUUUUUGUUUUUUUUUUAAGCACAGGAACUUUGGGCCGAUGGACAAAGAGACAUUUCUUGAUUUGAAAAGUGAGGAUGAUGGGACAUCUGGCUGCAUGGUGGAGCCUUUUUUUUUUUUUUUUUUUUUUCAUGGAUCUUGCUCGAAUCUUGUACUUGCAUUUACAAGUGCCAGAACAGAAUCUCUAUUAAAUAUUACCAUUUGGACUUCCUUUUUUUUUUUCUUUUGUUUAUAUUUUUACUGUAGUUUCAUGAUACUUGUAGAAUGUACCGAAAGUAAACAUCUUUGGUCAGAUUCCUCCACACACAGAGGACGUCAAACUGCCUGCUGUCACAUGACCACUGAAUGGGCGAAGGCAGGAAGUGAUGGUCAGACUGUUGAAAGCACAAUAUUUAAAAGGUACUCAAGUUUGGAGCAUACAUCAUACUGGAUAGCACAUGAGCUUUUUUGGGUGUCAUUACAAUCUGUGAAGAAGAUCAUAAGCUAGCUGCUCGACGUCCGACCCAGUGUACAGAGCAAGACUCUCCAUUUCCUUUCUUCUAUUUUCUUUUUACCUAAGAAAUGAGUUAACGUUGGGGGUGUAAAAAGCUGGUCAGGCAAGGCAAACUUUCCAACACGGGCCCAGCGGCUACCACGUCUUUGGGGGUUCGAAGGUGUCACCACUGCAAGUAGAUGUCAAAAACAGAUGAAGCUGCUCUUCCUGCAAUAGUUUUGUACAAGGUUCUGACGUUUAAAAAAAAUGCACACAGUGGCCCCUGACUUUGUAAAAUGUACAUAACUGGCUCCCCUUUGGUAGACCUAAAUUAUUUGAAUGUUUUUGGCUCUCCAUCGGUGUGCGACGUCAGUGCUGUAGGGAAAAAAAACAAAACAAGUCAACGCGAUUGUGUCCUCCAGUGUCCUCUCACUGCCAACUGUUGUCUCUCCAUAUAAAGUAUUAACGUGAUAACACAUAACAGCAAUGAUGGUACUAACAAUAUCCUGGACUGUAUGAUAAAGAUUUGUAAUUGUUGUCAAUAAUUUUUACAGUGUAACUAAUAUUGUCGGUGCUUUUUAAUUUGCAAAUAAAACACCACUGUAUUUUUCACUAGAGGGAUGG